GGUGAUAUGAUUGUAAACACCUCCCAGCUGUCUAGGUUGCAGGGCACAAGGAGCAGUGCACACAUACAUGGCAGCUCCCCAGCACAGCCCUCAGCUGGGCAAAGAGAUCAACUUUGUGGCACAGGAUAUGAUCUGGAAAUCACAUAUCAAGUCAGAGAUGGAAACUGCCAGAUCGUGGCCUAAUAAUUGGGGAUUUUUAACAACAUCUCAUAACGAGCUGGUGGAAAAUAAGACUGAAGAAAAUAAGGUCCAAUUAAAAGUUCCAGAACACCUCCAGGUUCGUCCGGUGACCCCAGUGGAAACAUACAUCAAGGUCGGCCCAUCACCAGCUAUUCCCCAAACCACUCAGGGCUUAAUAGGUUGGAGAUCCACCAUUGCAGAGCUGCAACUUGAACACUACGGCAGAUCCAAAUACCUGAAGGGAGACUUCUGCAAGUCAAUGAACUGGCCAGCUGAAGGCUUAUCCUAAUGUCCUAUAAAGAGCCAGCGCAGUCUCCACCAUGUACUGCUAGCCCAAACAAACUUUGGAGAAGUUGUAAAAAAUUAGGUUAAAAUGGAAAUAGCAGUUUUUUGCAUAUUUGCUUGGUCGACAGUAAGAUGGGAAAAACAAAUUUAAGAUUAUCUCUAAAAGUUAAAGCUAUGCAUAGAAAAUAAGUACCUAGCGCAAACAUUGUACCAUAAAACCUGAUUUACAGUCA